AUGAUUAAAAGUAUGCACCAGCAGAGCAGUAAAGACAAUUUACCAGAAUUAAAUCAGAAGAAUUUGAUUAAGAAUUAUAUUUUUGGCGGGAAAAAUCGAAGAAAAAGAUCUUCAAAUAUUGAUAAUAAAAAAUCGUACACGAGAGUGUUCAAAGAUUGCAAUAAACCAGAAGCUUCUAAACUCGUUAAUUCACACCCACAAUUGAAAUACGACCGGAUUAUUGUAUCUGAUUACCGAAAUAAUGAUAAUGAUGGCAAAAAAUUGACCAUGAUACCAUAUGUCGAGGUACAAGAUUAUGAAAAAGGUGAGGAAAGUUUGGGCGAAGUCAGAAAAAAAUUAACCAAGGAGAAACAUAAAAGUGCGAGUACUCGCAGAGAUAUUGACAAUGAUGCCGUUGACCCUGGUACACCUUCAAAUGAACAACAAGAGAAGGGAGCUGAUGCUGGUGAUGAUAGUGAAAGUAAAAAUCCAGAUAACACGUCCGAGGAUAUUGACCGCAAGACGCGCGGUGACGGUGACGGUGACAGAUAUAAAAACCGUGAUGAAAAUGAGUCUGAUGACGAUGAUGGUGAUAGUGAUGAUGAUGACGAUUUCAAGUUCUUUGAUACAACCGGUUUCGACUUUGGAAAAAUCAAAGAGCCUUUUGACUUCGAUAAAUUUUUAAGAGACGUCUUUGAUGACGAUCGAGAUGACGCCAGCGGAGAAGAAACUAAAAAAAAUGAAUCCAUGGAAUCAAUUUUUGAUAAUACAUCAGCGUAA